AAACGUCACUUGUAACGGUUGAACUCCAUUUCCCAGAGUUCUUUGCGGUCCAGCGUCUGACAACAAAUCGCCUGGUCGUCAAAUCCGAGAGCGCAGAGUACGUUUGACUCGGAAUAAUAAGGAAGUCAUCGCUGUGCUCUCCUGUUACCGGCAGCAUGAAGAUGGAACACGAGGGAUGAGGACGAGUGCAGCAGCGAGCGAGCGAGAGAGCGCUCUCUGUGGCUGGCUGAGGCUUGGCGAGAAAAACAAAAGGCCUUUGAUGGGUCUCGCACUGGAAAUCAGCGCCGGCCCUCACACACGCCGCUAAGCGAAUGUUGAUGAGGUGAGUGCGUGUGUGUGUGUGUGUGUGAGUGACCAUGGCACCGGGUGACACCGUGACAGAGAAUGUAAAGCAGCACAAGCUCAGGACAAAGUGUGUGUCACGGUCUCCUGAGGCAGAGUGCGCCACAGACGGCUCAUUUGUUUUCGAGGCUAAUGAAGCCUGGAAGGACUUUCACAACUCGCUGAGACAGUUCUACGAGAACGGAGAACUCUGUGACGUCACGCUAAAGGUUGGCACUAAGCUGAUCCCCUGCCACAAGCUGGUGCUGGCCUGCGUGGUGCCGUAUUUCCGUGCCAUGUUUUUGUCGGACAUGGCCGAGGCCAAGCAGGAGCUGAUCGAGAUCCGCGACUUUGACGGCGACGCUAUCCAGGAUCUGGUGCGCUUCGCCUACUCGUCACGUCUGACUCUGACCGUAGAGAACGUCCAGCCGCUGCUCUACGCCGCCUGCAUCCUGCAGGUGGAGCUGGUGGCACGGGCCUGCUGCGAGUACAUGAAGGCCCACUUCCACCCAUCCAACUGCCUCGCCGUGCGCACCUUCGCCGAGAGCCACCAUCGCGUGGACCUGAUGGACAUGGCCGACCGCUACGCCUGCGAGAACUUCGGCCAAGUGCUGGAGAGUGACGAUUUCACACGUGUCUCACCGCAGCACCUUAAGACGCUGCUCAGCUCCAGCGACCUCAACAUCCAGUCCGAGACACAGGUGUACGAAGCGGCUGUCAAGUGGCUCAAAGCCAAUCCACAGCACCAUGAGCUCUGGCUUCACCAGAUCAUGUCUCAGGUACGUCUUCCUCUGCUCCCUGUGGACUUCCUCACAGGCACCGUGGCUAAAGAGGAGAUGAUCAAGUCUGACCUGAGCUGCCGAGACCUGCUGGACGAGGCCAGGAACUACCACCUGCACCUGAGCAACAAGAACGUGCCUAACUUUGAGUACUCGAUCCGCACCACACCACGCAAACACACAGCAGGCGUACUGUUCUGCGUGGGGGGACGUGGAGGGUCCGGGGAUCCGUUUCGGAGCAUCGAGUGCUACUCCAUCAGCAAGAACAGCUGGUUCUUCGGCCCUGAGAUGAACAGCAGGCGCAGACACGUGGGAGUCAUCUCUGUAGAAGGAAAGGUGUACGCAGUGGGCGGCCAUGAUGGCAGCGAGCAUCUGGGGAACAUGGAGAUGUUUGACCCACUCACCAAUAAGUGGAUGAUGAAGGCCUCCAUGAACACAAAAAGGAGGGGCAUUGCGCUGGCUACCCUUGGAGGUCCGAUCUACGCUAUAGGAGGUCUGGAUGAUAACUCGUGCUUUAGUGACGUGGAGCGUUACGAUAUCGAGGUGGACCGCUGGAGCGCGGUCUCUCCCAUGAACACCCCUCGAGGAGGAGUGGGCUCUGUCGCUUUAGGGAGCUACGUCUAUGCCGUAGGAGGGAACGACGGCGUGGCUUCGCUGUCGAGCGUCGAACGCUUCGACCCGCACCUCAACAAAUGGAGCGACGUGCGCGAGAUGGGGCAGAGACGCGCAGGAAACGGCGUGAGCGAACUGAACGGCUGUCUUUACGUCGUAGGUGGGUUUGAUGAUAACUCUCCUCUGAGUUCAGUGGAGCGCUUCGAUCCCAGGACGAAUUGCUGGGAGUACGUCGCAGAGCUCACUACACCCAGGGGCGGAGUCGGUGUUGCCACGGUGAUGGGGCGGGUCUUUGCCGUGGGCGGGCACAACGGAAACAUCUACCUGAACACGGUGGAGGCGUUUGAGCCACGCAUGAACAGGUGGGAGUUGGUGGGCUCUGUGUCUCACUGCAGGGCCGGAGCGGGCGUAGCAGUCUGCGCCACACACAUCAGUCAGAUUCGAGACGUGGGUCAGGGUUCAAGCAACGUGGUCGACUGCAUGUAGUGUCACUGUUAGAAUACAGACACACACACACACACACACACAAGACCAUACACAGUCCAUAUACAGCACUACAACAUUUUUAGAAUGUAUACACAUAUUACAAACUAAAUACUACACACACACACACACACAAAUGUUGUAUCAACACUUAUACACACCGUACACAGUUAAAACACACACUCCAUCGCAGCAGGUCCUCCACAUUUCCUCCAGACUUUUAUUGUAUCUCUGUCUGAACUCUUCCUCGUGUCCGUUCUCUCACGUCCGGUUUAAAGACUAGGAAGCUUUGAUAUUACUCGCACUACACAGUCUAGAUUUACAUCUUAUUUCAUAGAGGAAUCGCAGAUUUGUGAGAACUGUGCCGUCAUGUCACGCUGCCUGUGGUUAUUAAGUUAACUCACUUUAAUAAGACGAUCUAAUCAGCGGUGAUCUUUGUGGAAAACGCUACUUCAUUUUAACUACAUGUUAAACUAAAGCAAAGCCAAGUCGACACGCCGGAGCUCGUCAUCCGACGACGCCGACAGCCGGGCGGCCGACUCGCUCGCUUCCGCAGAGGACCUACAGGGGGAGCUGUUUUAAUGUACUCUGUUUUUGUACAAGGAAUUUGACUCCAUAUCCGUGCAUCGCUGUUACCGUGCACUAUGUUUAUAGACUAGAAACAUUAUAUUUUUGUCUGAAAAACAAACCGACACGAAAUACGUUUCAAACAAAAAAAAAGUGUCGUUUCUGCUUUUCACGCGCAAAUCGUGUUUGUAGGUUUUUUUUUAUCGCUCUAUCUAUAAAGUUUUAAUUCUGUGGUUUUUUGGAAUGAAUUUCUAUCUAUUUAUACGUACGCUAAUUAUUAUCUUGCUUUUCAGCUCAUGUAUCGAAUCACGCUGUUACAUCGAAGAGAUUUUCUUGUAUCUUUAUCUGUAUAUUUCUAUUUAUUGUUAAGUAUUUAAAGCACAGAGAAUCACACGAGGCCAUUUACAAGCUGCCACGAAGCGCGACGAACGCUCGACUCGUGCAGUUCUGGUUUGCAGCAGCAGGGUUUUAUUUUGUAUCUAAAUUAAAGAAAUCAUGACUGAUGUAUAAAUAGUGUCUAAAACUUCCCAGUCCGGUUCCUGAAGCUCCCUCGGAUUUUUCUGUCCUGUUGAGAAAAAAACUUGAAAGACGGAGUUUGAUGAAUUUAUGCAGUUUUUCCCCUCAAAUUUAGAACGAUUAUAAAUUCAGGGAUUAGGAUAGAAAACACUGGGACUGGGAACCAUGACUGACUUUAUUCAGUGUGCGAAAAUGUCUCUAUCAAACAAGCAACUGUUUUAAAACGAGAGCUACUCUACUGUACUUAUGUCAGUUUGUAUUAUUCAAAUAAAACUAUAAGAAAUGAACGAAAUAAAA